AUGACCGAAAUCGGGGUGGGCGAUGAAACUCCUUCGCCAGAGAAUUCGAACGAAACGGAAGAAGUCGAAAACGAAGUAGAAGUAGCGACCUACUUCAGCGAGAGAAUUCAUGUCCCAGAGUCUCAGAAAGCGUUUUCAUUCCGGAAAUUGUGGGCGUUUACUGGUCCGGGUUUUCUGAUGUCGAUCGCAUACUUAGAUCCUGGGAAUAUUGAGUCGGAUUUGCAGAGUGGGGCCAUUGCUCAAUUCACGCUGCUGUGGGUGUUAAUGUGGAGCCAUGUUUUGGGCCUGUUUAUGCAGCGAUUUGCGCUCAGACUCGGAGUUACUACCGGGAAGCAUCUGGCGCAAGUCUGCUACGACGGCUAUUCUCCUCCAGUGCGAAUUCUUCUCUGGCUUUCGAUAGAAUUAGCCAUUAUCGGCAGCGAUAUGCAAGAAGUAAUUGGCACGGCCAUCGCGUUCUCUCUUCUAUCAAACGGUGCGAUUCCUCUCUGGGGCGGUGUGCUCAUCACAAUUGUCGACACAGUCGUUUUCCUUUUCCUCGACAAGUAUGGCCUCCGAAAGUUAGAAGCAUUCUUCGCAGUUUUAAUUACGACAAUGGCGAUUUCCUUUGGUUUCGAGUACGUCCAAGCUGCGCCCGAUCAAAAAGAAGUUGUUUACGGCAUUGUUGUACCUCACUGCACCAAUUGCGGAGUUCCUCAGCUGGCACAAGCAAUCGGAAUAAUCGGCGCCGUCAUUAUGCCCCACAAUAUUUACCUGCACUCCGCUCUUGUGAGAUCCCGAGAAGUAGACAGAAGAAAGCCAAAAGAAAUCAAAGAAGCGAACAUGUACUUUUUCAUUGAAUCCGCGAUGGCAUUGUUUGUUUCGUUCAUAAUCAAUGUAUUCGUCGUUUCUGUUUUUGCAGAAGGUUUCUACGGGAAAACGCUGGAGAAUUUGAACACCACCGCUACUGCUUUUUACGAAGAUGUACUGCACUCGAACCCGCCCUAUUCGAUCUUCCCCCUCGAAAACGAAGAUGCGAACAGUACAGAUGUAGCAGUAGAUAUAUUCAAAGGAGGAGUCUUCCUCGGCGCUGAAUACGGUCUGCCAGCAUACUACAUCUGGGCCGUCGGAAUCUUUGCAGCUGGCCAGAGCUCAACCAUGACCGGCACUUAUAGUGGCCAGUUUGUCAUGGAAGGAUUCCUCAAUCUUCAGUGGUCCCGUUUCGCCCGAGUCGUUCUCACUCGCUCUCUGGCAAUCGUGCCUACUUUCGCCAUUGCCUUUUACUCGGAUAUUUCGAGCUUGACCAACAUGAAUGAUAUUUUAAACAUCCUUCAAUCGAUUCUUCUCCCUUUCGCGAUUAUCCCUGUUCUUCAUUUUUGUGCUCAAGCGAGAAUAAUGGGUGAAUUUGCGACUGGAAAGUUUUGGACUAUCUUCGGUCCAUUGGUAGCUUUUGUGAUUAUUGGAAUCAAUUUGUAUUUUGCUUACGAUAUCAUUAUUGGUUUUGAAAAAGUAGCUGCGUAUGCGAUUUCAGGAGUCAUUGCUGUCCUCUACUUCAUCUUUUGCUUCUACAUGAUCUGGCUCUUCUUCCGCGACGCAUUCCUCCCGCGGCUACGAUCGCUCUUCUUUCACAGCGGAGAGGACGAAGAAUUACUGGUCGACGACGAGUAG